AAUCAAGUAAUGGAACCACGUAAGAGGAAUAGGAAACCUGUUGUUUGUACAGUUUGCAGAAAGCGAAAGAUUAGGGUGAGUUUAUAUCCUUCCCAUGUCCCCAAAAUUUUACUCCGCUUGUUUACUGUUUUUAAGUGGCUUAAUUCCGGGUGGAGGAGGGUACAUACUUUUAUUUUGAAGCAUUACAAGAUGAGGGUACUAACAUGGGUUUGCUUUCUAGUGUGAUCGUUUGAAGCCGG